AUGUCGCCAGCGGCCUCAGCCCCCUUUCACUCUACUGUCUUCCCUUCUCACCCUUCCCUGGUGGAGCGUUACGACCUCACACCAUGGGACUUGGCCAUGCUUACGACCCACUAUAUCCAGCACGGUCUCCUCUUUGGCAAGCCCCAUUUGUCCAUUCACUCUGUGCUCGAUGCCGUCAAGGCCUCGCUUGCCGACUGCCUCUCGCACUUCUUCUCUCUGGCAAGGCGCCUGGCCACAGAUGCUAACGGCUUGAUCUACAUCCAUUGCAAUGACGCCGGCACCCAUUUCAUCCAUGCCAGAGCAACUCACCUCACAAUUGAUGAUGUUGUUUCGACUCCCUAUGUUUCCCAAGCUGUUAAGUCCUUUUUUGCCCUCGAUUUUGUUAUCAGCUAUGAAGGGUAUGGCCUACCUUUGCUCGUUGUUCAGGUUACAGAGCUUGCGGAUGGUUUGUUCAUUGGGUGCUCCCUAAACCACACUGCUGGCGAUGGAACAACCUUCUCGAACUUUUUAAACUCGUGGGCUGAGAAAAUGCGGGGAGAAGGAAGCUCAAAGCAGAUCUCCCAGCCACCAUGCUCUGGAUGUGGAAUUGCUCAAGCUCAGGGCAAACAAGUGCCAGGACCAGGAAAGAUCAUGGCAAAUCUCUUCGUUGCAAGCCCUUGCAGCGCACUUGUGGCGAGCCGUGACACGGGCUCGUGGCUUGCUGCCAGAUUGAUGACUCGAUGCCGGCUAGCUGCCUCAAAUCGUCACAGGGUGUCCCAUCCAUUAUCUCCCCAAUACUUUGGUAACUCCCUCCAAGCUGUUUUUGGCUUGGCCCCUGUGGGGGAAUUACUUAACAGGGAUCUUGCAUGGGCUUCAUCGCAGCUGCACAAGGCCAUUGCCGAACAUAGUGAAGCAAGCGUGCUCAGGCAUCUGGAAGCAUCGAUGAAGGCGCCGCGACUGUACCGUUUCACUAACUUCGACAGUUUCAGCAUGAUGGUGGGGAGCUCUCCUCGGUUCCCCAUGUACCAGAAUAAUUUCGGAUGGGGGAGACCCCUUGCCGUUCGAAGCGGAAAUGCGAACAAAUAUGAUGGCAAAAUUCAGUUUACCCCGGGAGGGAAGGAGGGGGGAGCAUCGAUGUGGCACUGA